AUGUUGGUGAAGGUGAGAUUCAGAGAAACGCAGAAGUAUGUCAAAGUGGCUGAGACUGAAGAUGGCUAUGAUGACUUCAAUACAUUUCUUCAGAAAGGUUAACAAUACAACCAAGAAUAUUUGUGCAAACUGACUAAUUGCUGUAAUACUUGCUGUAUUUAUCUAGUAUUCAAAUAUCUUAUAUUAUAGAGUUGUGUUUAUGAUAGCUAAUGGUAAUACCCUGUGAAGAGUAAACAAGUACUGUUAUAAAGUUGACCAAAAAUGUUGAAAAAACAAGUUAAGCACAUUUCUGGUAAUUUUCUUAUUGUAUUUUCUUAACCAUUGCUUUAAAUCUAAUAUUUUUAUUAGUCAUUCAAAAGCUAGAUCUUCCACUUGAGACUGAGCUGCACUUGACAGAUGAAUCAGGGACAGAAGUCGAUGCAGAUGUGUUUGAGGAGCUUUUGCAAGCAGGGAACCUUACUGUUAGGGUGUCAACUGAGAAGUCAACAGGUGAGACUCAGACUUGUAAGGAGUGGAUUGUCAAUAAUGAGAAUUGUUGAGAACUAAUUAUUUUUUUCCUUUUGUGUAUACAUUUUUAAAUCUGUUUACAGUUGUGCUUCAAGAGGAUCUUUCAAACACUUUGUCGGAGUCACCCUUCUCAGACACAUCUUCGUCAGUGUCCGAAGACUCCCUGCUUGUGUCCUCUGAUUCAUCAGAUGCAACAGUAAUUGUUCAUACAAACGGAGGGAAGAGAACCCAUGCUGAAAGGGAAUCUGCAAAAGAGGUUUUUAAAAUACACACAGAAAGAUGCAGUUGAACUGUGGUUUUGUUGUUGGACAUGAUGAUGAUGGCGGCUAUAAUUGUUGAUUUGCUUUCUUAUUCUUUGUCUUUUAGAUGGUGAGAGAUGCUCUCCAGGCAAAACCAGGUGGCCAAAUUAUUUUGGAUGAGUAUGCUAAAGGGAAAACACUGAUGGAUGGCACAAGGAGACAGUUGGUAAAUCUUCUAGUGGCAGACAUGGUUGAAAUUCAUGGGUAAGACUUCUAUCAUAUUUUUACCUCACUUAAUAUUUUUUUAAAUCAGCACACAUAUUCUAGAACAUUGCAUAUUAGUAAAGCAGUUCAUUAGUAUAGUAGUAGUAGAAGUAGUAGUAGUCGUAGUAAUUUGUAUCUUUAAACACUAUAGGUAUUGUAGUAGUAAUAUCAUGUUUAUCUUUCAGGAGGAGCCCACCUAUCUCUGUGCGAAGUAACUAUGCUUUGGGCAUCAUCUCUCUGUUCCCCAGCCUUCGAGAUCCAUACUCAGACAAUGGAUAUGUAAGUUUGUAAAUGAAAAGCUUGUAUAUGAAUUUAUGGAGUGGUAAUAUGGUCUGAAUCUACUCUACAAUUUGUUUUUAAUAUUACAGGAACACUUCUAUGAUCCAUGUAGCGGAUCUGGCUACUUGGCCUGGAGAUUAAAGACUGUUCAGCGCAACACUGCAACUCAGUCCCGGAGAUCUUCCACCAGCACAGCUUACCAAGAUAGUCCAAAGAGAAAGAGGGAGGUUCUCUGCACAGAUAAGCAGCUGCUUGGUGAGCACUGUCAUGAAGCAAUAUCCUUUUUGAAACAUUCAACUGAUGAAUCGGCAAUCAAAGAGAAGAUGAGGGCCACUUUUCAGUACCGCCAAACACUGGUUCAAGAUCAACAGUGCUCUUCGACAGUCUUCGAUGUCUUCCCACGUUUCCUUGACAUCACUGGCUUGGUAAGAAAGAGAACUUCUUUGAAGUGAAUUGUCACUCAUGGUGUAUACUUAAGUUGCAUAAGUAUAAAAAUGUGUGUUCUUCUGUAGAUUGACCAAGACUUCACCCUGAUGUUUGGAGAGGAAGUGUCGGGCAGAUUUUUGGCAAAAUGGCCUACUUUUUUCAAACCUAGGAUCCUGACAGACUGUGAAAAACUGACUUCUAAUGAGCACAUUGAAGACCUCUUGUCUGUGCAGAACAACUCAGGUGGGUCUGGUCAGAUUUUCUCCUUCUCUUUAAAAUAUCUCAAUUAUUUGUGUGAAUGUGUCUGACUUUUUUUUCUGUUUUUCCUUAAGGCUGGGACAGUGACCUGUCAAGCAUUCUACUGUUGCUUCACCUGCUUCCCCCUACCUCCAAAGGCCACAAAAAGAGUGGAAAAAUCAGUGCCUGUCAAGCUGAGGACCAUAUUCUGAGAUAUCUGCAGGUAUGUAAAUAUGAAUGUACUUACCCAAUUAUUCUGAUUAUCCUACUUCUUGUGUUAAAGCACACUUUUUUAUUGACUUAUUUAGUUGAAUGUAGCAGUGCUUCAUUUUACGAUUUUCUCAUUAUUCUUCUUUACUUUUGGUGAAAGAUGGGAGCCAGUGUCGAAACCUUCCUUUCCGGUGUGGCACCUGGACAGCCCUUCCUCCUGUGUGUUGGCACAAAGAAGAACAGCAUCCAAAGAUACUUCGUCAUCAUUGAUCACCAGGCCAUCCCCUGCAAGGCACAGACAUCCUUGGCAGCUUUCGAUGAGCUUUUCAAAGCACACUUCACCUUCAGUGUCAACUUCCAUGAAUCCCUUCUCAACUUCUAUACAUUCAUCCAAACCACAGUUUUUAACAUUGAUGUGGGAAGUGCCAAGGAAAGCCCCAGAGUCAAGGAGCUACGAGCAAGGUUUUUGCACGACGCUUGA